CUAAUCAAGCUAUUAAAUGAUCAUUUACAGUCUUCCAACUCAUAGAGGAUGGACGCCCAUACACCCAAGUUGAUAAAAUGAUGGAUCUAUUAUCAAGUGGCACCAUCCACUAAGCAGGGGACCAUUAAUUCCCCACCAUACUAAUCUUCCUGUAAGAAAGCUACUUCUUCAUGUGAGGCUUCUGCAAGGGGAGAAGAUCAGACCAGUUUAGCUAUAAAUGCAAGACUUCACCCUUGCCACAGCACCACUCUCUCCCAUAAGCCCAAAACCAGCAACUUCCCCCUCCCAUCUCUCUCCCCUCCAUGUUCUUCCUCUUCCUGCCCCUUUACUUGUAAGGGACUCCGCAUCAACUCUUUCCAUUGAAUUGCAGCUCCCAACCAGCAUUCUUCUCUUGAUCGGUGGGCCUACAAGGGGAAAAGAUUGUUGCAGCUGUGGUGCUGCGGCUGGUGUUCAUGGAGAGUGUGACCGUGCGAGUUGCAUGGAAGAUACUCAAGGGCUUCACUUUGGCGGCACUGACCUCUGCGUUUGCUUUAGUUGGUGCGAUCGUGGGGCUGGGGGUUGGUGCGGUGCGCGGCCAAACUGCAGAGAUUGGGUGCGCUCAAGGUGCAAAAGUUGGAGCCUUCAAUGGCGUGAUUGUGUCCAUCGAGAUUCUCGACUCCACCAUCUCCGGCGGACCAUUUUCCUUGAUGGCCAUCUUUAGUAGCUUGCUCAGUGGCAAAUUCUUCCAAGAACGAAUGAGACGGGUGAUCGUAGCAGCAUAUAGACGGCAGACAUUGUUGCAGGCCAGCGCGGUGGACAUGAGUUAUGAGGAUCUCACCAGUCUCUUUGAUGUAAGCGCAACAAAGGGGAUGUCUUCUGAUUCCAUCACCAGGCUGCCGGAAUUUGUUGUUGGCAGGAAGAGAAACGCCGGCGCCGGAGAGAACCAGGCCCCUUGCAGUAUCUGUCUCCAGGAACUGAGUGAAGGGGACAGCGCUCGGAGUUUGCCUAAAUGCAGGCACCAUUUCCAUGUGGGCUGCAUAGAUCGGUGGCUCAUAUUAGAAGGCUCCUGCCCAAUUUGCAGACAAGAUGUCAGAUGAAUAUAUAUAUACAGAUAUACCAAAAAUAUAAGAAAUCUCUCUCAAUUAAUACUUUGAUGUGGAUGUCUGGAUUGGCCUGUUGAUAUACCCAUUACUGUAUAUAUAAAUGCGUGGGAUCUUAAUGGAGCUAUAUAUGUCUAUAGCUGCAUUAAAAUUAGGGGAUGUUUAGGGACAUAUUAAGUGGUAGGAAGAGUGAGGGUAUUGCUUGUAUUCACUGUACAAUCGUUUUUGUAUUUUCGUAUACAAUCAAAAUAACAUUUUUGCUUGUGGGGAAUACAAAUGCGAAGCUAAUGAA